AUGAGGCUUCACCACUGGGAUAUCACGGCCGAGGUCCCUGAGCAUCUGCUUGGAGUCUAUGAUCCUGGGGGCUACCUCCAGUGGACCGAUAUCGACCUGUCCUCACUUCGCGUUGAGAAGACCCAUCCAGACGUCAGGGUUGACGCCCAGAUCAAGUUAAUGAGGCUUUUCCUAGAGAAUGAUGCCCGUCUUCAUUCCGCGUGGGUUCCAAGUCUGCCCUCCCUUCUUAAACACGGAGGAUUCACCAAUGUCGUAUCCGAUACAAAGGAGGCGCCGCCCCAUUUGGGAGUUGCGCUGCAUGAGUGUGGAAUGUUAGCCACGGAGGUCUUGGCCCGAAACAGAGCAGGUGAGAACGAGGAGAAUAUGCAGCAACUUAAACAGAUGCUGGGCCAGGCUGCAAAGGAGACUCGGGAAGGAUCUGUCCUGGCUUUUACUAGACUUACUGCCAUUGGCCAAAAGGCGAGCCAGUAG